AUGUCUUCCGUCAUGCAUUCGUCUUAUCAUCCUCAAUCGCACCCCGUUGACGCCGAGCGUGGAAGUUCAGCUCAGGACAAGGCCAUGUUACAACGGCAGUACAGAGCAAACGAAAAGGAAGCACUCGCGCAACUCCAAAAAUCACUUCGUGAUAUAACUCGAAGCACUGAUAAUCUGACUCGACUUGAGACAAUUGUCAAAGCCACAGAGGUGAUCAAGCACCUUCAUCGUCGCUUGAAGGAACUCCAGAAAUCGCCGUAUGCACAGCCUGACGACAGUGCAGCAGUCUUCAACAGUCAUCCAGCGCAAGUCCACCAAUUGCCCGACUGGCCGUGGCUCAAUGAUUUUGAGUUCAAUGCAACCGAUGGGUUCAGCUGGCGAUAUGUAUGA